CACAGGGCGCGUUUCCGUCUAGAGACUUUAGAAUCGCAGUAGUUUUCCACCGUAGUGGAAACCAGCUCUCCUUCUUCGCUCCCGGGACGCGGGGCUUUGGAAUUUAGCUUACUUCUACCUGAUCAGAAUCUGGCUCCUGGAGCCAGCUGCUCAGAGGUUUCCUCUUCCUCUGGGCAGCCAGGAACACAUAGGCUUAGGGGGAGAGAGCACCUGCGUUUUAUUUGGCCUCCAUUGUGGCCCUUAACAUUCAUAGCAAAGACAUCAGGAGCUUUGCCUGAGCUUUGCCUGAGCGUGGGGAGUGUUCCAUUGCAUACUCUUUGGGGCUAACCCUUCCAGGACCCCCCGGGGGGCAGCUUUUCACACUCCCACUGCUCAGAGGCCCAGGAGAAGCACCAGGAGGUCAGUCAGGUGGUUGCCCAAGAUAGCACAGCUAGUCCUGCUUCCCGCAGACCACAUCUAGGCUCCGAACCCUUAUGCCACUCUAUUCCCAAGAAGGGAGGGGAAACCCAGGCCUGAGGCCCUCAGCUGUGUCUGGGGCAGCCCACAGUUGAGGGGACAGGACAGUCAGUGACCAUAUGAGGAAGGGCAGCUCCUCGGGAAGUGGCUGCACAGCCCGUUUCUCCUGUGCUGCAGGCAGGGACAAGGGCAGGGACCUCUUAGUUGGAGCCUGGAGGCACCCAGGAGCCAGCUCAUCCUGACUGCCCUGUGGCAGGAUAUGUCCUGCUUCCCCACAAGGCCAGGCCAGCAGGCACUGCCUGGAAAAUUCUUUAUGGGCUGCUGCCUUCCAGGUGGCUCGCUGGGAGUGGCUCCUGAAGCAGGUGCUGGGCAAGUCCCAACCAGAUCCCUCUCUGCCACUGGCAUGCAGGGCAGGCCGGGCUGGUGCGGUGUAAACAGGGAGGGAAGGGAGUGAGCACACAGCAACUGACUGAGCUCUCCCUGGCCCUUGGCUUACAGACGGCCUGGGCUGCCUUUGGGCUCCAGGUCUGUCUUACUAGGCAGUGAAAUGUAACUUACGGAGCACAGUGUUGCACUUGUAGUGUCCCCAUUGGUACUGCUGAGUCUUUCUGAUCUCCCCGGUUGUGGACUCCUAAGCCUGAACAAAGUGAAUCCCUGAGCUCUCCCCAGUGGUUUAGGUGGAUCACUGGUAGAUGAGCCCCAGAAGGGCCCACAAAGAGCCUGAUGCUGGUGGACAGAAGGGGCAGCAGGGAAGCUGCACCCAGCACACCUGCUCCCUCUGGCUGUAUCCAAUGGGAUAUGGAGGGAGGCCACACAGGUACUCUGUCCCAAGCCACAUGGCCUCCUCAUUCUCCAGCGCGGUACAGCCGUGUUGGCUUGGGAGGGAGGCUGUGAUAGUCCUUAGAACCUGGACGCAGCUGGCUUCCGGGACUCUGGCUGCAGAUCUGGCCUUGGUGGAGCCUUGGUGAGCACAAGAGCCAGCAGUGGGCAGAACCCUGCACCUGGACAAUUGAGAGUAACCUGACAGGCCAUGGGGGUUGUGCCCUCAAAGAGGAAGGGAGGUUGCCAGGGUUCUGUGUGACUCGAUGGAGCCUGGAGGCCCUGCCUGUGGAGAGGGGGAGAAGAUGGACCUGCUGCCUGCCUCCCGGACCCUGGGCUGUGUGCUCUCAUAAGUCACUGCCGAGGCAGGGGCCAGGCAGGGCAGAGUGGUCUGAUGACUUCCCCUCUGCUGUCCUUGCUUGGCCUGCAGCCUGCUGUCCUCAGAUGCUGGGACCUCUGGCCUCCCAACACCCCUUGCUUCCCCUGGGUAGCCGCAGUGUAGCGGCUCCUUCCUGCCACCGUUACACGAAAUUAGAAUCUUGGGCCACGUUUCUGGGGGGAGGGUGGAUGCUUUUUCUAAAGCUUUCUUACACUGAGCUGGAGCUCUGUCUAUAUUCUGAGGCAGGGUUUCACUGAGUCACCGAGUUGUCCCACCUCCUGCCUCAGUUUCCCCGAAUGAUGGGGUCAUUGGUGUGUGCUGCUGCUAUGCCUUUCAAACCUAUUCCUUUUAUGAGAGGUACUAGGAGUGACCCAGGAACUGAGCAUCAAGUGUCGGACAGGCUUGCUGUCCCUGCAGGGCUUGACUUGUCAGAGCCAGAGACCCCGGUUCCAGGGGUCCCCUCUUCCCCAUGCCAGCUGGGCACCACUCUCCUGUGCCUUUUGGAAUACCAAGGCAAAGAAGACUGUGGGUGCUGUCACAGCGCCUGCCCAUCUGCAAGAAAACCUAGGUUACACGUUCACUCUCCAAAAACCAGGACUGCGAGAGGAGUUGGGGUCUCCUUUGUCCCAGCCAUCAAACAGGCUGAGAGGCUGCUGUGGGGACUGCUGAGGAGCUCCAAGGUGCAGAGCUGAGGGCUUGGAUAUCAGGGCUUAUUCUGUGGGUCUGUGUUUUUCAUGUGCCCCAGUGGGGCCCAGGCCUGUUGUGUAGAGGGCUGGAUCCUUCACUUCACGGCAUCGUGCCAUGUUGCAGUGGGGAAACUGAGCCUCAGAGAGGCCUGUGACCUACCUGAGGUUGGAAGCCCUUGCCUGGGUUGAGACAGCCUCUUCCUGUUCUCUCUGCUGCUUGAAUCUGCCUUGAAUGGCAGGGAGGGCUUCCUUCUCCACAGAUAGAACUCGAGCUGAUAGAACUCAAGCUGAAGCGAAGGAAAUGCUAAGCCUUGCUGUGCCCUCACUGCCUCCUGUACCCCCGGCUCCCUGGGGCUCUGCGCUCGGCUUGAGUGACAGGUGCUCCAGGGGGCAGGUCCUUCUGGAGCCAGCCCUGGCCCCUGUGCCCAGGGUCUCUUUAGACCUCUCCAUGUAGAUCUCCAUGCAGAGAGGCUGGCUUCCUGAGUCCUCACAUGUGUGUGGUCACCAGUGUGCAAACCGGGCUGUGCAGGGUACUGUGGUGGCCACCUCAGUCCUGUCCCGGUGUCUGCUCUCUCUGUAAGCGCCUGAGCCUCAUCUUGAAGGUGUGAGGGUGCCCCUGCACUCACCCAUCGCUGAAUUCAGGAGAGGACCAGUGUGCCUGCGUCUGGUGGCCUCGAAGCAGAGAUGUUAGAACAUGGCGAGGCCUCCUCCGCCUCCUGCCUGGAGCCUAAAGAGAGGAAAAGUGAGAGCUGUGAUUCUUCCUGGCUGCAGAGGUCCAAGUGGGAUCCAGGAACUGGGCCCCGGACUGUCCUGGAGCAUGGAAGGGGCAGUCAGCUCUGGGCCUCCGUGGGGGCACUGGGCAGGGACUUGGGCUGCGGAGAGCAGGGCAGCACCACAUGCGCCAAAGGUUACAUGUUGCUCUUGGGAAGCCUGUGUGCUCUGUGGACAGGGAGCUGAGUGAUGGGCGAGGAAAGACUAAGCAGAGAAGAGGAACACGCGGGUGUGCGAGUCAGGGCCCCAGCCUUCAAGGAAGACGGGGCAGGCUCCUGACUUCUACUGGGUAAUUGUUGGGCUCCUCCCCGAAAGCCACUGGCCAGGUGCUCUGGGCAGACACAGCCAAGCCAGUGCCUGCUGCCCUCUGAUGCGGUGUGGGUCACCCAUGGCUUUGUACAGCGUCAGGACCAGACACACACACUCACACACACACACGCGCGCGCGCGUGCACACAUAUGCACCUCCUCAGGUCCCCAAGGAGUGCAAGCAGGAGAGCUGCAGGCCCAGGAGGGACCCGGUGAGGCCUGCCCACCCCGAGAGGUCCACUGCUGUGCCCCAUCCGCAGCUCUGGGUGUCGAAUCCAGAAAGCCCCUGCACACACUGUGCAUGGCCUUGCGUAGUGCCUGGGCACCAGUACCUAGGAGAGCUGACACCGGAAGCCCGUCUUCAAGCUGGCCCUCGCUCUGACCACACGUGGCGUCUGACCACAGGGUGUGCCUCGGAGGUGGGCCGUGAGUCUUGGGGUUCGAUAGAGCUGGGCAUCCAGGUGAGGGUCCCUGUGGCCUGCCCACGAGGAGGCGGAGGAUGAGAAGGUUCCAGGCUGCGUCAUUGGUGUGGUUGCUGCACCUGAGGCCUUCAUUUCCAAAAUCCAGCUGGUUUCGAGGCAAACCAUUGCUGGGAAACUCUGCAUGUCCAGCGAGGCCCCACAGGUUCCUGCCAAGGGUGUGCAUGGAGCAGGCCUUCUUCCCUCCUGCCUGCUUGUGGAAUGGUCAGGCAGAUGCUGGCGCCGGGGUCACAGCCAUAGAGACCUGAGUGCAGACUUGGACAGGGAGAACAGGGCCACGCUCUGGCCGAGUGCUGCCCGCCCAGUGGGGAGACCAGUGCCAGCAGGCCCUGAUGGGGCUGGAGUUGUGUCUGUGCACUGGCACAUGUACCACUUGAGCCUGGGAGACGCACUGGGAAGGGGAGGGCCGGGACGGUCACCUGAGUGCUGCCUCAGUGAGGCAAGGACACCAAAGGCGGUGCUGGCGUUGGCUCCAGGUCUGUGUGCCAGUUGGGUCUCAUCACCAUCAGAACCACUCCUGAUGGGGCCGUGGAGCCCUAGGGGCCGCCACAUCUGGGCAGUAAAGAAUUCUUAUCACAGGUUUGUUGUUGCCCCCCUCCAGGGGCUGGUGGUGAAUAUUGCAUCUUCGUGGCUAAUAUUUAAAUGGGCUUUAAGAUCACUACUUUAAAUGUAGAUGAAAAGUCUGAUUUCAGGCUGAGCUUUUCAUAUCUGUCAGAGCUCUUGGUUCAGGUGAAGCAGCAGCAUGGGCCUUCAUUGCUGGACUCCAGCCCUGGUGUUCUCAAGUGGCGGCUGGAUUUUCAAGUAGGAAGCCAUCCUGUCCCCUUGUGGUUGGUGCUUGUCGUGGAGGCUUAGCAGCCCAGCCCUCCUCGAGGACCUGAGCCCCAUCUCCAUUGUGUUCUGGUCUGGGAGUCAAUGCGGGACCUGUGCAUAAGUGCCAUGUGGCUGGUGACCAUUCUGUACGUGUUCAAAGACAGCAAAAGUCUCCCACACGCGUGCUCGCACCUGUGCUUGCAGGGUCUGAAGCCAGAUUGUGAGGAUCGGGCCGUAAUUGCCGUUGGCAAGCUGUGUGGUCUUGGACAAAUCUGCAGCCACCUCCUUCCUCUACCUGGAGAACAAACAGGGCAGGUGGAAUUCCUCUUGGCCGCCUCUGCCGGUCCUGCUCUCACCCUGCUACCGCAGGCUUCCCCUGGUCCCAGAGAUGCCCCAGCACGCGCUGCGGGACAAGCGCUUCCCCCUGAUGCCCCAGCUCUUCAGCAGUGCGUCCGUGGCUGUGGAGAAUGGGUUUGACCGCAGCCCCCUGGGCAGCAGGGACUCCCCAGGCUCUGAGCGCUCUGCUGCCCACUGCCCCCUGGACUCCUGCAGCCGGCCCCUGUGCCAGCCCCGGGCAGAGAGGCACAAGAGCCAGGAAGCCCUGGAGGCGCAGUACGUGUCAGUGGGGCCAAGGGACACAGCGUGUGGCUGGCGGGGCUUCGCACCUGAGUGCCUGCAGGUCUUCAACACCCCCAAGGGCUUCCUGUUCUUCCUGUGUGCAGCCUCCUUCCUGCAGGGCAUGACGGUGAACGGCUUCAUCAACACGGUCAUCACCUCCAUUGAGCGUCGCUAUGACCUGCACAGCUACCAGAGCGGCCUCAUCGCCAGCUCCUACGAUAUCGCCGCCUGUCUCUGCCUUACCUUUGUCAGCUACUUUGGGGGCAGUGGACAUAAGCCGCGCUGUCUGGGCUGGGGCGUGCUCCUGCUGGGUGCCGGCUCGCUGGUGUUCGCGCUGCCUCACUUCAUCUCGGGCCGCUAUGAGGCGGAGGUGGACGCGGGGGCGCAGAUGGGGACGUGCCCGGCCAACCAGACUGCAGUGUGUGCUGACAGCCGCUCGGGCCUGUCCCACUUCCGGCUGGUCUUCAUGCUGGGUCAGUUCCUACACGGCGUGGGCGCCACGCCCCUCUACACCCUGGGCGUCACCUACCUGGACGAGAAUGUCAAGUCCAGCUACUCGCCCGUCUACAUUGCUGUCUUUUACACUGCGGCCAUCCUGGGCCCCGCUGCUGGUUAUCUGAUUGGAGGUGCCAUGCUGAAUGUUUACACGGAAGUCGGCCGGCGGACGCACUUGACCCCCGAGAGCCCACUAUGGGUCGGUGCCUGGUGGAUCGGCUUCCUGGGUGCAGCGGCAACAGCCCUGCUUAUUGCUGUCCCUGUCCUUGGCUACCCCCGACAGCUGCCAGGCUCCCAGAGCUACGUUGUCAUGAGAACGGCAGAGACACGGCAGCUGAAAGACCACAGCCACAAGACAGCUAGCAGCCUGGCCUUCGGGAAGACUGUCAGAGACCUGCCCCUCUCCAUCUGGCUGCUGCUGAAGAACCCCACAUUCAUCCUGCUCUGUCUGGCGGGGGCCACUGAGGCCACUCUCGUUGCCAGCAUGUCCACGUUUGGCCCCAAGUUCUUAGAGGCCCAGUUCAGCCUCAGUGCCUCUGAAGCUGCCUCUUUGUUUGGGUACCUGGUGGUGCCAGCGGGCGGUGGCGGCACACUCUUGGGCGGCUUCCUGGUGAACAGGUUUAGGCUCCGGGGCCCCGGGAUCAUCAGGUUCUGCCUGCUCUGCACCCUGACCAGCCUGCUCGCCUUCUUCGUCUUCCUCACACACUGCCCCAACGUGCCCAUGGCAGGUGUGACAGUUGGCUACGACAGCCUCCUGCCUGAGGGCCACCUGAACCUGACGGCCGCCUGCAACGCGCACUGCAGCUGCCGGCCCGAGACCUACAGCCCUGUGUGCGACACAAACGGCACCAUGUACUACUCGCCCUGCUACGCGGGGUGUCCGGGGCUCGCAGAGUCGGGCCCGGGUGGCCUCAAGGUGUACCGAGGCUGUAGCUGUGUCCCCACGAGUUUGGGCCAUGCCACUGCAGGGAAAUGCACUUCAACUUGUCAGAGAAAGCCCCUCCUCCUGGUUCUCGUGUUCGUUGUAAUUGUCUUUACAUUCCUCAGCAGCAUUCCUGCGCUGACGGCGACUCUACGGUGUGUCCCGGAUCGGCAGAGGUCCUUCGCCCUAGGGAUCCAGUGGAUCGUAGUUAGAACACUAGGAAGCAUCCCGGGACCCAUCGCCUUCGGCUGGGUGAUCGACAAGGCCUGCCUGCUGUGGCAAGACCAGCGUGGCCACCAGGGCUCCUGCUUCGUGUACCAGAAUGCGGCCAUGAGCCACUAUAUGCUCGUCGUGGGGCUUGUGUACAAGGUGCUGGGCUUCCUCUUCUUUGCUGCUGCCUACUUCCUGUACAAGUCUCCAUCCGGGCCCUUGGACUGCCUGGACGCCUCCCUGCCCAGCCAAUCAUCAGCCUCUGAGAGUCCCACAGACCUCCAGCGGCAGAAUGACGUCUGACCCGCCUGCUCUUGGGCCCUCCUCGCCGAGGCCACAGCGCCGGGACUCAGGGCGUCUGCACUGGACUCGGGGCCUGAGAGGCCACCCAGGGCUGCACUGAGCCACCAGUCGGGGCAGAGCCUCAGAGAACUGGGGAGGAGUGGUGUGGCAUAUUGGAAAGGAGCACCGCUGAGGACCUGGCUGUCUUGCCAGCCACCUGCCUGCUCUGGCUUCCCAUGCCGCUUUGAUGUGGUAGAAAGCCCUGCGUGGGGUGGCAGUGCCCUGGAGGCGCGAUCCUGUGGACCUUCCAUGUGACAUCUUGUUUGAAUCUACUGUCACUUCUUGUCCUUGGAAACAGGUGGCCUCUGCAUUGGGUAGGACCGAUUUGGAUAAAUAAACAUUUGUGGACCUCUGUUUUAUACAUAGAAUUUGACUUCACUGUGCUUGUAGAACUUGUGUUAAGCCAGGCAUGGUGCACACCUGUAAUCCCAGCAUUCUGGGGAGGUUGGGGCAUGAG